CGAAAACACAACUCGACAAUUGACGAUCGCCGUUGGCCUGGAGUUGUGUGGUGGUGUUGUGUGCAAAGGUUGUGUCAUUUAUUGUUUGUUGCUCUCAUAUUUGAACAUUUGUCAAUUGUGUCACGUUGAGGGAACUCCCUUUUCGCAAACGGUUGUCUCGUUCAAAUGUCAAGUAUCUUUCUUCGUUUCAAUUUAAACGGAAAACUACCCUCCAUAGAAGUUAGAGUCUGCUGUGUUCUGACCGUCCAUGGCAUGAAUUUAUCCCAAGACUUCUGAUAACAACCUCUAAGGACCGUAAAAUAGUACAUGCUAUCCUCUAUCGAUGUGAAUUCUCGCCUUCCAAAAGGCUAGUUCGUUCGCUUCCGUUGCCUUCGGUUGCCGCUGCGAACCUGCCAACCUGUAGUGUGCCUGCGCCUAGCCCCUUGGAUGGGGCUUAACCUGGAUCAAAAAUGGAAACUUUGAGGCAGUCGAGCCAGCUGAUGCAUUUGGAGGAAAGCAGCGCGCCCUUUGAGCUGGAUGAGCUGGGCAGGAAGACAGAGACCGAAAGUAGGAGAGUGACUACCCGGUUUCAUCCCCACCAUGGCGACAACAUCAUUCUGCUGGAAGACAACACCGUGGCCUUCAGGAAAGCUAGCUUCGCAAAUGCUGUGACGUUUAGUGAGAAGCCACUUAUGCCAGGUGAAAUAUUUUUGCUUGAAAUUGAGAAAAAUGAAAGAGGCUGGAGUGGGUAUAUGAGGCUUGGGCUCACGCAGCGAGACCCUAAAUGUGCAGUGACCCCAGAUGGUAACUUCCCUUCAUACGCCCUGCCUGAGUUAGCAAACAUGGGGCAGUCUUGGAUCUAUGGUAUAUCAAAAACUCAGAAUAAUGUCUAUCGGUUUGAUUGCCAAAUGAACAAUAUUUCUGAAGAAGACGAUACUCCUUUAAAAUCAGACUGUGUACAGAUGUUUUUAGGUUCUAGUCACAGUGUUAAAACCUCUAGAGGAACAAUUCCACGGAGUUGGCUGAGGCCAUCAUCCUCCAAUAAAGGCGAAGAAAUGCUGCCAACUGAUGUCGGCAGCAGGAUCGGAGUUGUCUAUGUACCUUUAAAAAAUGGCAAUGCCGAAAUGCAUUUUGUCAUAAAUGGUGAAGAUCAAGGCCCUUGCACCAGAGACAUUCCAUACAAAGAAGGACCCAUACACGCAGUUGUUGAUGUCUAUGGGACCACCAAACAAGUUAGAAUUGUUCAACUAUAUGGAGUUGUUAGUCUUCAGAGUGCCUGUCGGGAUGCUAUCCUGUUUCAUCUAAGAAAUCAUUCAGUUUCUGCCUUGCCUCUUCCGAAGAGUCUUAAAGAAUUUCUGCUCUUCAAUUCAUGAAAUUAGGUUGUUACUCAGCUUGUCAGCAUGUCUCAAUUUAACCUUAUGAAAAAUAUUGGCCUGUGGUAUGCAAACCCUAGUUCUCAUGAAAAGCUACAUUAGUUUAGCCAUCCUGAUCUGAUUGAGUGAAUAUUGAUUUGAAAUCAAAGAUCUGAUGAUAUGGUAAUACCAAUAUGUGAAAUUAUAUGUUGUACCCUAACUGCAUUUUUUAAUAGUACUGUUACAUUUCUUCUUGUAAGUUGUGUGUAAUGGGCGGACCGGCGGAUCGAAUGGUUUGCCCACUGACUUACUGGUGAUUCAUUUAUCAACCUGUUUUAUAUUUUUCUUAUUUUUCUUUCCCUCUUUCAAACAUUCCUGUCUUCUUAUCAUCUUUUGCCUGUUCUUUGUCAUAGUUGGUUGACUGUGAGUUUCCAUUUCACUAGUCUCUUUGUCGUGAAUAAAUUGUCUUUACAAACUGUUUCCUCAAGAGGUCAAACAAUUUAAAAAAUUGAGCUGAGUUGAGUUGUAUGUGGUAUGUAUCAUGUGCUGGGGGCUGUUCAUUAAUUAUAUUUGGAUGUCGAAAGUGUAUGUAUGCAUGGCUUUCAUGCCUCCUCCAUCUUGCAACCAUCCCAUGAUGAAUCGAUGGCAUCCCAGUGGGUCAAAUGUGCGUGUACAGUGUAUGUCAAUGCUUCCAUUUGUAAAAUGCAGUGCUAGUAAAAGCUAGUAAAAGUGUGAUACAUAGUUAUGUAUGGAUUUGCAAGAAUGUGAUUUACUUUAAUGUCUGUUGUGAGCAAGGGAGAGUCAGUUUCAAAACAUGAAGAUUUCAUAUGAGCAGGGAUCCCCUUUUACUCAAUGAAAAGUUGUUUUCCUUUUUCUGUUUUUAUGGUCAGUUUCCUGCUUUUGUAGAAAUUGCAGGUGCGUACUUUAUGUUAUGUUCUAUUCGAUUGAAAGAUCUCAAUGAUUUAUGACAGAAAGUUGGACUGAAAUUGUGCUUUGUUGCUUAAAGUGGUGAUGAAAUCGAUAAGCUCCGUCUCCAACCCUUUCUGUAUAGUUUGACUUGUGCAGGUGCAAGCUACGUAAUGUGUUUCACUAAUAAAACUGUUACUCUAUUUCGGC